AUGAUGAAGUUCCUCAUUGCCUUUACGGCUGUUUUCGUCGGUACUUCUGCACAGAAUGCCACUAACAGAUUCCCAGAUAACUUCAUGUUUGGAGCUGCGACAGCCGCAUAUCAGAUCGAAGGAGCUUGGAAUGAAGACGGCAAAGGAGAGAGCAUUCAGGACUACUUCUUCCACAACUAUCCGGAAUACACCACAGGAGACACCGGCGACGUUGCCUGCGAUUCCUACCACAGGUACCAGGAGGACGUGCAGAUGCUGAAAGCGCUCAACGCAGACGUAUAUCGAUUUUCGAUUUCCUGGCCACGUGUGUUGCCUACCGGGGACGUGGACGUUAUCAAUCAGCCUGGUAUCGACUAUUACAACAACCUCAUCAACGAGCUGCUUGCCAAUGGAAUUCAGCCUGUGGUUACAAUGUACCACUUCGAUCUCCCUCAAGCACUGCAGUACAUCGGAGGCUGGCCCAACGAGAUGCUGGCAGACUACUUCGUUCAAUAUGCAAGGAUACUCUUCCAAAACUUCGGUGAUAGGGUGAAGUGGUGGAUCACAUUUAACGAGCCUGCUGUCUUCGUGAACGGCUACGCGGCGGAAGGUAUCGCCCCUUCUCAGCCAGCGUCGGGCAUUGGUGACUACCUGGCGACACACACCGUCAUCGAAGCACACGCACGGGUCUGGCAUCUGUAUGAUGAAGAGUUCAGAGCAUCACAGAACGGUAGUGUGGGAAUCACACUUAAUAUGGAUGGGCUUGAACCGGCGAGUAACACAGAAGGGGAAAACGAUGCCAGUGAACGAGCACGACAGUUUCAGAUGGGUAUCUUCGCACACCCAAUCUACACUGAGGAAGGGGAUUACCCACUUGUGGUGCAACAGUUAGUGGAUGACAACAGUGCUCGUGAGGGACGAAACCACUCAAGGCUACCAAAAUUUACACAGGAAGAGAUCGAAUACAUUAGGGGAUCGGCAGACUUUCUCGGAAUGAACCACUACUCAACCAACUUCGUGACGCCAGGCCUCAUAGGUGAAUCGCCUUCCAAAUCGCGGGACUCUGGAGUGUAUACAAUGCCUGGUGGGCACUAUGCUUGGGGACUACGAAAUCAACUGAAUUGGGUUGCCACCGAAUACCCAGGAUAUCCAAUCUUUAUAACAGAGAACGGUCUCUCCAACUCUGGAGGGCUAAACGACACAGACCGCAUCGAUUACUUUACAGAAUACCUCGGAGCUGUCCUAGAAGCGAUAAACACUGAUGGUGUUCCAGUAAUCGGUUACACGGCGUGGAGUCUCAUGGACAACUUUGAAUGGAACUCGGGAUACAUGGUUAAGUUUGGACUGUACGAGGUGGAUUUCAACAGUACAAACAGGACGAGGACGCCCAAAGACUCGGCCAGCUUCAUGGCAGAAGUCUUCAGCAGCAAGCAGCUUCCUGACCAGUACAGCCUGUAG